UUUGUCCUUCUGCCUAAAACAUCAUACAGCAGGAAAUUUAUUACUUUAUUGCUUCAAAUAGAAAGAGGCUUAAUGUUUUCAUGCUGAACUGUUGGCUCAAAGCAAACAGUAACACAAAAGUAAAGAUUAGAUUGAGGGACCCAGAACAAAGUUUAUUUUUCUUCUCAUUAGUUAGAUUCCUGUGAAUUUUCACUGAAAAAUCAGACAGACAGUUUUCGUUAAGCUGAGUUAAACAUAACAGAGAAAAACAAGGAAAUGGCAGAAAGCGUUUCUUUGUUUCUGUUUGUGCAUCUCUGAACAGGAGGAAAACCAUGGAUAAGGAAAAGUUCCAGCAGAAGGCUCUGAAACAAACUAAGCAGAAGAAAUCCAAGAUGGCUGAAUUUCUGAUGGGAGAAAAUGUGAGAGUUGCAACAGAAGGCAUUGCAAAUCCAGCUUUUAACAUCAGCAGCACAGAUCUUUCAGCAUAUCUGACUUCAGAGGAGGAAGUUAUUAGACGUGACAAGCUGGAUAGCACCCUUGCAGCUCACCGACAAAAACUCAGGCUGCAAGCCCAAGCUGAACCAAGAGGAAAUGAAUGCAGCAGAAAUUACUUUGACCCUCUGAUGGAUGAGGAAAUAAACCCAAGGCAGUGUGGGAUGGAGGUCAGCAAAGAAGUGCCUGUGAAGUUGGAUGAGAGACUCCUGUAUGACAACCUGAUGACUUUUCUAGAUGAAGAGAACAGAAUUCUGGUAUCACAUGAAACAUAUACUGAAGAAAAACAAGAUGAAGAUGCUUUAGAUACUGCAUGCUCUGCCAGUUGUACCAAACCAUGUGAUCUUUGUGAGAAAGGAGAAGAUGAAGAGAUUCUUCCUUACAUUGAACAGUUUGAGAAGAAUGUUCAAGAUGAUAUUAUUCUCCUCUGCAACUUUCCACUUGGACAAGGUUUAAACCAGAAAGACAUUUCUCAGCAGACAAAGAAGUUAAACAGUAGGCUUCCUAAAGUCAUUCAAAGCAUGGAAGAAAGUCAGGCGUUGAAAGCAGCACUAAAUGAAGGGACUGCAGCCAAGUUCAGAAACCUUGCAGGACUGAAUAAUGAAUCCAAUAGAGCAGCAGGUCUUUGCUGGAAGAUUGACUGGUCUAAAAAACCUCAACCCAUUCAGAUCCAACUGAAAUGCUUACGUGGUGUUAAAGACAAAGUGCCACAAGGCAGCUACAUCCUCAAAGUUUCCCUCCAUGGACAACUUGGUGGGAAAGUGCUUCGUUGGUCCAAAGUGGAGAGUCAACAAUGGGCUGGAACCUCAUUACCGGUCAGACAUAAUGGGAAUUUCUAUGAUUUGGAGAUCUGUUUUAACCAGAGUGUCUACACAGAUGUUCCAGCUAGAAAUGAUGGGAAGCCUGGAGGGAUACUUCUGUUUGAACUAUUUCUUCUUCGUGGGACCAAUACUUGCAUUGACCGAGUAGUGGGCUGGGGAGCUUUUCCUUUGUUUAAUAAUAAUUUGGACACAGUGGAUGGGAAGUUUAAAUGUCCCUUUCUCAGAGGUCACUACAACUCUAAAAUCGAUAGAUUCGAAAAAAUUGAAAAUCUGAUUUCUUCUGACUUGGAUCACUGGUUAUGCAACCUCUAUUUCCAGAUAAUUAAACUACCACGGUACUCAGAUGAGCAGAACAAAUAUGAGGAGGGCCUACAGCUUUCUUCAAACCUUGUAUAUUCAAGCAUACCUGAGAAAGAUAGAGUCUCAAAGAAGGAAAUAACAGGUGGACUACAAGAUGGUGGACUAAAAAGUUCAUGCCGAACACAGGGACAUUCAAGGUGUUCUUUUCCUUCACUACAAGGGCAACCUUUGACCUCUCUGAGAGAUCCUGACACCCAUAAAGGAAGUAUUCCCACUGUUGAAAAGGAAAUGGGAAAGCAGUUUAAUGCUGCGGAAGGCUGGGAACAGUGUGUGUCAAAAGAAACUCCAAGGAAAAGAAAGGAUCAGCUUUUGAAAUGUUUCCAGCAGGCUGACAAGCAACUUCCAUCUGCUCUCCAUUCUGCUGCCCUUUUUUUAAUGUUGCUGCAAAAGAUUGUACAGAAAGCACUAGAAAAUGAGCCAUAUAUAAAUUCUGGUUUGUCUGAUAAGGGUUAUGUUCUGGUUCCAGUGAAGGAAGCUCAUGGUAUAUACUGCAAAAUGGGCCAGAAUGAUCUAAACAAUGUGUGUGGUCAAGAUAGUCCUUGGAUUGGACUAGAUGCUAAUGAAACAGCUUUACAUGUAACAUCUUAUCUGGAGGAGUUAGAGAAACACAGAUUCUCUGUACGCUGCCAUCCUGCUGUUGAAACAACAGUAUCCAGAAAUGUUACCAAGCACUUCUACUUUGGUGUGUAUGCCAUCUUUUCUGAACUUGGAAGGGGACACUGGUAUUCCUGGGACUUCUGGUCCAUUAUGCUCCUGGCAGCUUUGCUCUGGUUUGCCCGCCUUUACCUUCAUUAUGGCAGCCAGUGGGUCUUACUUCAAGCAAUUGCAGUUCCUGUCACAAAAUUCCAGUUCUAUCCUCAUACGGUUGAUUUGUGCUAUCAGAACUCUUUGGUACGCACUAGUGAAGAGUUGGCCAUAAUUAUGAUGGGACCUUUGACCUUGAACACAGUGCUGCUUCUUAUGGUUCUGAUAAGAUGGGGCUGUCAGCUGUUUUUUGGCUCAUUUCCUUCUUACUUGUCAAGGCUGAUCAUGGCUUGGGGAUUCUGGACAGUGCUAAACCCUUUGGUGGUGUUUGUAGUAGAUGCCUUCCUGGGGCGUCUUCAGUACAUUCCAGGCAAACCCACUGCUGACUGUGCAAAGCUGUACUGGCAUUUUUUUAGAAUUGAAGGAUCUGGCAUUCCUGGUAUAUUGAUAACCAUACUGCUUUACACAAUGCUGUUCAUCAUUUCAUCUACAUUCUUGUACCUCUACUUUGUGAGGAUGCACAGUGAAGGAUGGUUAUUAGAUAUAUUCCAAAGGAUUCAGAGUGAUGAGGCCACUUUAUUUGUUCCAUUUGACUUGGAAAUCUCCAGCCAAGAGUUGAGCUACAUUGUGAAAAAGGCAGAACAAUGGAGAGGAAUCAAUGGUGAAAGACGAAAGGUCAUUGUCUAUGAUUAUGUCUGGAAAGACGAUGCCAAGAAAUCUGGUGUCUCCAAUAGUGACCAUCAAGAUGAAUUCUUGAAAUCUAUAAGAAGCUCAGGAGGUAUCACUGUUCAUGUAGCUAUAUAUACAGUUCAUCUUGGGGGCUUCCAAGAACUGUACAGGCAAUUCCUUAGACUGCCUAGUGGUGCUAUUGUAGAGGCAUUCGGUGACGUUAGUGGAAUAAAUUUGGUAUAUAAUGAAAUGAGCGCAUUUGUUCAGGAGCACAUAAGUGAAAUGGAUGAUGCACUCGGAGCUCCUUCUGAGAUCAAGCUAAGGGAAAGAAGAAAAGAAUACAGGUGAUCGUGUUGUCUUCAGUAAGCUAAUUAAUCAAGAAGAGUGCUACUACUGCAUCUUGAUUCAUUCAACCAUCUUCAUCACAAUCCACUAAUACCUUUGCAGAGUCCAUUUAUGAUUGUAUUAUACUAUACAGGCAAUUUGAUGCUGUAUCCAAGAUGUAACUGUUUUAAAUGUUAAUACCAAAUUAGUAACUGAAACGACUGCUGUCCAGGUUUGGAGUGCUUUAUUAUUGUG